ACGCUUUUUAAAUGUAUCUUUACUGCUUCAUUCUUCCUGUGGCAUUUUUUAUGUAAAGGAUAACUUUUUUUUCUGUAAAACUCACAGACUGAAGCUAUGAACGACGCUAGUAGCCUGUUAGAGAGGGUUAAGAAGAUGAGCUGGAAGGGAGACGGAGGACGCGACGAGGCUGAACGCAAGUUAAUGAGAUCAGCUGACAACAGUAAAGGUACUGGCAGAACUGGUCACCUGUUAACUAGUGAAUCCAGCGACGAUGAUUUUGACCAGUUUCUGUUGGAGAAAGCUACACCCCGAGCCAAGGCUGCAUCACAGAAGUCUUGCAGAACUGCGAAGAAAGACAGUCCAGCCACUGUGGUGAGCUCGGAUGAUGAGGACAACUUUGAGACAUUUCUGCAGCGAAUGAAAACUCCCGUGACCCAACCCAAGAAGAUUUCAAGUGGGAGUGAAGACAGCCUCAAGAACUUUAUUGUGGAUGACAACUCAUCAGAUGAUGAUUUCAUUGCACCAAAAUCUUCUUUUAAAGUUCCAAUGAAAACACCCACAGCUGAGCCGCCCUUAAGAAGACCGCUUUUUCAGUUCAAUUCUCCAGUUUUUAUCAGUGACGACGAGGAUGACGAUGAUGAUAACAUUGUGAUCAGGAGCACAUGGAGAACUCGCACCUCAAAGCCGAAGAAGAACUCCUCUGUGGGCGAUAAGGAGAACGAGUCGCCGACAGCCCCCCUGCUUCCCGUCCAGUCUGCUUUUUUCCAGUUCCCCAGUAAAACUGAAACGGUAACGGCCUCUCCGAAGCGCACUCUGUCUGCUCCGACUGCGCUGUGCGACUCCGAUUCAUCUGAAGAGGAGUUCACGUCCUUACUGGACAGGCUUAAAAAGAAAAACGUAAUUGCAAGCAGUCAGUGUACUCCUGUGCAGACCAAAGGGAGCGGUAAGCACCCAGAUGUGUCAGGAUCUUCUGUGAAGGCAGGAACAAAGAGCUCCAAACCUUCAGUGGAAACACCCCAGCCUCUGAAAAAACCAGGAAAAUCCUCCCUUUUGAGGCCUGUGGUCAGUCAGACCGAGCCCAGACAGCCUGCCACCAGCAGGGUCGGGCUGUGUAAGAAUACUGGCUCCUUCUUAGAGUCGCUCUCAAACCCCAGCUCCGUCUAUGUGGUCAGCUUUAAGAGGAACAAAGAAGAGCUCACAGGCAAACUCUACAAGCUGUACAAUACCACCGUCUUUGACAGCAAGCUUCCUGUCGAUAUGUCCGUGACCUGGAACAAGAAGAUGCGGAAAACAGCCGGCUACUGCGUUACGGGACAGGAGAGAGGUGGAGGGAAGCGCUACGCCCGCAUCGAGCUGUCAGAGAAAGUCUGUGACUCUGCAGACCGUCUCAGGGACACGCUCAUACACGAGAUGUGCCACGCCGCCACGUGGCUGAUCAACAACGUGAGGGACGGACACGGCAGCUUCUGGAAGCUGUACGCCCGGAAAGCCACGCUGGUGCAUCCCGAGCUGCCCAUGGUCACCCGCUGCCACAGCUACGACAUCAACUACAAGUAUCAGUACCAGUGCACCCGCUGCCAGAAUAAAAUCGGCCGUCAUUCCAAAUCGCUGGACACCCAGAGGUUUGUGUGCGCGCUGUGCAAGGGCCAGCUGGUCCUCCUGACUCCCUCCAAUCCGCGCGGCGCCACGCCUUUCGCCAAGUUUGUGAAGGAGAAUUACGGGAAUGUGCGUCAGGAGCUGGCGGGACAGAGCCACGCGGAAGUGAUGCGCAAGCUCAGCGCGGACUUCGCCUCAAAGACGAAGCUGAGCGAAAGCUGACCUGCUAACAACCCGCUGGAAGCCAGAAAUACCUCAGACGCUUCAUACACACUGAGCCGCCAUCUCUCAAUCUGAUGGGUUUAAUUCUGUGUGUGACGUGAAAAAAAUCAGUCUUAUCAGCGUGUUUUUCUGCACUAUGAGCCGUUUAUGUCCAGAUGAGUUGUUAAGUUUAAUUAACGGGCAUUUCAGUGUCAAGACGCACAUCUGAUUUUGAUGUAUUUUUAUAUGUCGGUCCACUGUGAUAUCGUCCUUUUUUUUAUUCUAUUUUUUUCAAAUAAACUCGGUGAUACUUCGCUGUCACAAAUAAUUAUGUUUGACCUGUACCUCAGUCAAGAACCAUCAUUUUACAUAAUUUUGAGAAAUGUUGAUAUUUUCUAGUUUAUCAACAAUGAAACUGAAUUCUGGGAGUUUAGUUGAGUCAUUCUAUCUAGUUUUUUUUUUCAUUUCACAUGGGAAUAACAUGUUUAAUUGGAGCUGUGGGGAAAACAUUCAAUCUUUUCCAAUGUUUGUUUUAAAGGCAAUCGUUCAACUGCUUAUUGAAUAAAAAAAAAAUAAAAAUCCGAGACGAUGCUUCAAUAUAUUUAAUUUGUACAUUAAACACUACUAUGCAGUCAAAUUACUUUACAUCAUACAAAACAUCCAGGGAUAGAGAAAGAUCUGCUCAACAACGGGGAUAAAUAUUCAAAGCUACAA